AUGGGUUCGGUGGAGCUAGGUAGAUAUCUGUACGAAAGGCUUCUUUCAGUCCCAAAUAUUCGUAUCUAUGGGCCAGCGCCUUCAGAAAAUGUCCAACGAGCAGCUCUUUGUUCUUUCAAUGUUGAGAAUUUGCACCCCACUGAUCUUGCAACAUUUCUGGACCAACAGCAUGGAGUGGCUAUCAGAUCAGGUCACCAUUGUGCCCAACCCCUCCAUCGCUUCUUAGGAGUCAGCUCAAGUGCACGCGCUAGUCUCUACUUCUACAACACAAAGGAAGAUGUGGACUACUUUAUCCAUGCCCUCAACGACACAGUCAGCUUUUUCAACUCAUUCAAGUAACCAGGAUGUAUUUUAAUGUAUAUUAAAUUUUGUUUACACGCCAAUGAGAGGGCUGUCUUAGUUGGUAGGAAAGCUGCGUCAAUUAAAUGUCUUUGAAUUUCAUUCCUUCUAUUGAUAUCAAUGGUAGGAACCAGGCAUCCAUUAAUUGCAGUAUUAGAACCUAUCUACAGCUAAACUUUUAUGCCUAAAGAGAAUGCCCUUAAGCAUUUAAAUUUUUCCCCCUCAUCAUGUUGGAAGGUGAAUGUUUUAUCCAUUUUUACUUUUUG